UACACCGCAGACUGUUGCUGAUUUUUGGCAAAUGAUAUGGGAAGUGAACUCAUGUACUAUAGUCAUGCUGACCAAUCUGAAAGAGGGAUCAAAGGAAAAAUGUCAUCAGUACUGGCCAGAAGAUAAAGAAACUCAACGAGAUAUCACAGUAACAAUUCAAAAGUCGGAGGUUUUUCCUGAUUAUAUCAUACGAACUCUCUUAUUGACAAAGUCAAACACCAACGAGAGUCGCCAGGUUAACCAUUUCCAGUUUACUGUGUGGCCAGAUCAUGGAGUGCCACAGUAUUCUACAGCCGUUUUAGGCUUGCGGCGACAAGUCAAUGCUUUGAAUCCAGAUCACGCUGGUCCUUUGGUGGUUCACUGCAGUGCUGGUGUUGGCCGGACUGGUGCGUACAUCGUGAUCGAUGCCAUGUUGGAACGUGACAAACACCUCAAAAACGUCGCAAUACCAGACUACGUUGCAUCCAUCAGAAACGACAGGCCUUAUAUGGUACAGACCGAGGAACAGUAUGUGUUUAUACAUCUUGCUCUUAAUGAAGUCUUCACCUGUGGUAAUACAGAAUUCCCAGUUUAUAAUCUACAGACCACAAUGAGAAAACUAUCAAAUACUGCCCCAGAGAGAAACGAGACAGGAUACGCCUUGGAGUUUGAGAGACUUAACCGAGUUACUGAAGAUUACGAAAAAGAAGAGUGUGAUGUUGGUAGGUCGCCAACAAAUAUAAAAAAGAACCGAGACAAAGAAAAUAUCGCCUUAAACCGUAGCCGAGUUUUGCUUAAAAAACCCGGAGAGGAUGUGACAACAAGCUACAUAAAUGCUUCACAUGUUGAUGCCUACAAGGAGCGUAACGCAUUCAUUGUCACGCAAGCUCCACUAAUAAAGACCAUUGAGGAUUUCUGGAUCAUGGUAGUGAGCUAUGACGUCAAAACAGUGGUUAUGCUAAACAAUUUGCAAGAGGAAAACAAGCGUUUCAUCCAAUACUGGCCUUUAAGUGGAUCUUUAUCCUACGGUAACGUGACUGUUGACCUGCGGGACACAACGAAAAUCGGUGAACUGGUUUCUCAUCAUCUKAGCGUUACUUACAACUCGACAACUGUUCAGGUUCAGCACAUACAAAUGGCCAACUGGAAGGAUAAAUGUUGCCCUACGAAUUCACAAAGUGUGUUGGAUUUACUGAAUGAAGUACAGCAAUCACAAAGACAUGCGCAGUCCAGUCAUUCACCAAUAGUAGCACAAUGCAGUAAUGGUGUUGGUCGAAGUGGUACAUUUUGUGCCAUAUACUCAAUCAUCGAACGAGUGAAACAAGAACAGAUUGUUGACGUCUUUCAGGCUGUAAAAGACAUUCGUAGGAAUCGACCUCGAGCAAGACUUAACCGAGUUACUGAAGAUUACGAAAAAGAAGAGUGUGAUGUUGGUAGGUCGCCAACAAAUAUAAAAAAGAACCGAGACAAAGAAAAUAUCGCCUUAAACCGUAGCCGAGUUUUGCUUAAAAAACCCGGAGAGGAUGUGACAACAAGCUACAUAAAUGCUUCACAUGUUGAUGCCUACAAGGAGCGUAACGCAUUCAUUGUCACGCAAGCUCCACUAAWAAAGACCAUUGAGGAUUUCUGGAUCAUGGUAGUGAGCUAUGACGUCAAAACAGUGGUUAUGCUAAACAAUUUGCAAGAGGAAAACAAGCGUUUCAUCCAAUACUGGCCUUUAAGUGGAACUUUAUCCUACGGUAACGUGACUGUUGACCUGCGGGACACAACGAAAAUCGGUGAACUGGUUUCUCAUCAUCUUAGCGUUACUUACAACUCGACAACUGUUCAGGUUCAGCACAUACAAAUGCCCAACUGGAAGGAUAAGUGUUGCCCUACGAAUUCACAAAGUGUGUUGGAUUUACUGAAUGAAGUACAGCAAUCACAAAGACAUGCGCAGUCCAGUCAUUCACCAAUAGUAGUCCAAUGCAGUAACGGUGUUGGUCGAAGUGGUACAUUUUGCGCUAUAUACUCGAUCAUCGAACGAGUGAAGCAAGAACAGAUUGUUGACGUCUUUCAGGCUGUUAAAGACAUUCGUAGGAAUCGACCUCGAGCAGUUGUUACACUGGGCCAGUACGUCUACUGUUACAAAAUCAUUCAAGAUUACCUUGACUCGUUCAGCGACUAUGCAAACUUCACAAAAUAAACACAUUGUUAGUAGUUUGGUAAAAAGCAAAACAUAAUAUUUAGCAUUUAAAAUUUUUAGUAUUUUUUAUAACUAGAUCCAGUAAGAACAAAUAAGUGAUA